AUGGAGUCCGCCUCGGCGCAAUCCGCCGCCGCCGCCAAAAUUCCAAUCCCCACCCCUUCUCCUCCGGUAGCGCAGUCUGACUCCGACCAGCCCCCGAAGGCGAUGGCGACGGCGGAGGUGGAGGCAGCAAUCGCCGCGCUCCCGGCCAGGAAGGAGGCCUUGCGCGAGGCCUUCGACCGCCUCGCCGCCUGCUCGCCCUUCCCGCUCCCCUUCGCCUGGGGCGACCUCGACUCUCACAUCUCCUCCCUCCAGUCCUCCAUCUCCCUCCGCCACCGCCAGCUACGGGUCCUCGAGGGGGCCCGCUCCGCCCUCGCCGUUCCCGCACCAGUCCCAACCGGCAAGCGCAAGAAUCAAGGAGACGAGGACAGCACCAGCGAGGAGGAGGAGGUGGAGGAAGAGGAGUACGAGGAAGUGAUGGAGGAGGUGGAAGAAGAAGUGGAGGUGGAGGUGGAGGAGGAGGAUGCUGAUGAUGAGUAUGAGGUUGUGGAAGAGGAGGAGGAGGAGGUCGUGGAGAUUGAAGAAGAUGAGGUAGAUGCCAACAAUGCGGCAGCCAAGGAGCAGAAGGAUGGCGAGCAGAUGCAGGAAGCUGAAGAAGAGAAGGCGAAUGAGCAUAAGGUUUUGGAGGCCAGUGAUGAGGCCGAGAAGGACUGCAAGGUAGAGAAGGAUGAAGAGGAACCGCAGGCGUCUGACGAUGAGAUGGGGGAUGCCAAAGAGGAGCAGCAGGGAGCCAAGAAGGUUUCUGUGAAAAAAGUGUGUAAUAAGGAUCUUGUAGCGGCAUGCUCUAGAAUGAACGUCGCAGGACUGGUGAAAAUCGUGUUUAACAACAACAUCGACCGUCAAGAGUACCCUGUGGCCAUGUGCAAUGCCAAAGAUGCCGCUGCUCUUGUCCUUGAUGUGGUUAGGAUCUUUCUGCCCAAAAAACAGACCAAGACCAACAGGAUCUGGGAGAACUGUGUUGCGCUCAUCCGCUGUGUGCCUGUUGUGGCACCCAAGCUUUCUGUGCGCAUGAUAGAUCAGGCCAAGUUGUUUGCCAAAUACUGGAAGAAGAAGAUCGGUGAGUCGGAGAUUUGUGGAGAUCAUGGCAUGCUGGACUCAUGGGCCUUCCUUAACUUCAUCAUUUCUUACAACAUUGUAUCAGAGUUUGAUGUCGAUGAGAUCAUCCAUCUCUAUGGCACUGUCCCACGCAAAUAUCAGAAGAAGAACUGCGUCAAUCUCUGCAAGGGUCUUGGUCUUGUCAGUAGGAUCAGCGACUUAAUUGAUUAUUUGAUUGAAAAUGGACAACAGUUGAGCGUCAUACCAAUGACACAGGUUCUUCAAUUGGUGGACAAAUAUCCACCACUUGCUCUUCUGGAGGGAUAUGUUGAGAAGGCAAAAGCGACUGCUCUAGAGUUACUUAGCAAGAAUGGAUUAGACAAGUCCCUGAAUCCGACCAUAUCUAAGGAGAUUGAGAAUCUUCGGCUUGCGGAAUCUAUGGUUAAACAGCAACUCACUGAUUCAAGCAAAUCGGUUACUAUCUUGGAAGAGAUUAACAAAUUGUUAGUUGAGUAUGCAAAGAGCCGUAUUACAACAAAUGCCUCUACUACAUCGACAUUAAAUUCAAGGCAGCAGCAAAAGACCCAACAGCAGAAGCAAAAUCAGAAAUACAAGAAGCACAAGAAGGAGCAGCAGCAACAUGAGGGACAAGAUGGCCAAGUGCAGGGGAAACAAAGAAAGCUGGAAGGGAAACAGCUGUACUUAAACCAGCCAAGGCCAUGUGUUACCAAGCUACCAACUCCUACUGGUCCUUCCGCAAGAUCUCUAUCACCUGUGAUUCCGAAUGUGACACAGAUUGGCCCCAUUGGGCAUCGGCCGUUUGAUUUAAUGCCUGCAAUUCCUCUACCAUUUUUACCGGGAAUUCAAGGUGGACCAGUUGCAGCAAAUGUCGUACCUACUCAACAUAAUCCUUUCCAGCAGAAUCCUUUAUACCGUCAUCCGUCAUUCCACCCCUAG